AUGCCCACCCACCUCGCCGCCAUAUCCCCGGCCAAAGGCCAGCCCUUUGAGCUCCAAACUCGUACCACUCCAAAGCCAGGACCCGACGAUCUCCUCAUCGCCGUCAAGUCCGUGGCUCUGAACCCGGCCGACGCCAUCAUGCGUGACCAAGGCCUCUUCAUACCCACAUACCCCACGGUCCUUGGCUUCGACAUGUCCGGGGUAGUGCUCGAGGUCGGCAGCAACGCCCCUAUCAGUACUUCUGACAAGGAUUUGACCCUGUCCUUCCGGCCAGGGACCCGCGUCGCCGCCUACGCCGCCUUGGUCUGGACGUCUUGCGAUCCAGACUACGGGCCCUUUCAGGAACGAUGCCUCGUUCCCUGGCAGCAUGCGGUGCCGCUUCCAGACGAAAGCAUGUCUUGGAACUUUGCGGCAACCUUGCCCGUCGCUGUCGAGGUACCCCUAAAUGCAUGGGAUAUCAUGGGAAUCCCUCGGAUGGCCGAGAUCAGUGCUUCUGCGCAACUUUGUGCUGGCUCUCCCGGCACCAAUAGUAUCAACGGAGAGGAGUGUAAGAAUACCUCAGCAAAAAGAGAAGCGCUCCUCAUCUGGGGCGCCUCCUCGAGCGUCGGCACCAUGGGCGUGCAAACAGCCCGGUUGCUGCGGGAAGAUCCCAACUCUGCUUUCGCGGCCGUGUACGCCACGGCUGGGUCGGCGAACAAAAGCUACGUGGCUGCAUUGGGUGCAGACCGCGUGUUCGACUAUAAAGACUCGCAUGUUGUCAAUGCGAUCGUUUCAGCAGCCAAGCAGGACGGGUUAGUGAUCCGGCACUGUUUUCUUGCGACCGGGCAACUGGCGCUGUGUCAGGCUGUGCUGAAGGCAUUUCUGGAAGAUGGCGAAGAUAGGAAGAUGAAGAAGAAGACAGCAAAGAUCGGGUCGGCACCCCCGGUUCCUCUAGGUGCGGAGGUCGUGGACGGUGUUGAGACGAUAUUUGUAGUCCCCUCGGCGGUAGAAGGGGAGAGGUUGGAGCAGUUCCGAUACUGGAUUGGGACGUGGUUGAGGGAGAAUCUGAUUAAGGGAACCAUCAAACCAAGUCCGGAGCCGAGUGUCGUGGGGAAGGGGUUGGAGUUUAUUAAUUCUGGGUUGGAUACACUGCUCCGGGGGGUGAGUUGUACGAAGUUGGUUGUUGAAGUUGCGGGGUGA